GAGGUGCAUGUUAGCGAAAUCGGUCCGAAAACAAAAGGAAGGUGGUUUAAACAACGCUACUAAAUUGAAAGUGAUUUUUUAAAGCGAUUAAGUGUUUCUUGUGAUAAUGGUGUCUGUGCAGACGAUAGCCACAAUUGUGGUGAAAACAUUCAAAGUAGUAUUGAACGUCGUAAUCUUAGUACUCUACCGCACUGGGUACAAUGGAGAGUUCCUAGGGGUGGGAGGCACAUGGAACCUCAACGAGGAGAAGAAUCCUGACGCCGAAAUAGUCGCCUCUGGUGUCAUUGUGGGCUAUCUCAUUUACACACUUGUGCAAAUAGUCACAUUCCUCUUUGGAACUACAGAGCACAAGAGAGCAUUAUCAGAAAUUGUGAUGAACUUCAUCGGUAUAUUUAUGUGGAUCGCGGUUGGAGCAGUGGCGCUGCACUACUGGGGCGGUUAUCAGGGAGAACACCAAUUCCAAUUUGUCUUCGCUGAGAAACAGGUUGGUCUAGCGGUUGGCGCGUUAUGUGUCAUCCAGGGCGCGGUGUACCUCGUCGACACAGCGCUAUCUGUCAUACACUUCACAAAAGAAAUGUAAAUCUUAAGUUUUUAACUGAAACUGGAGUAUCUAUACUCCGGCAGCUUGGUAAUAAUAUCGCCCAGAUCGAAGGACUUCAUGUGUGAGGUUGACGUUUACGCCAGCAAGAUUGCGCCGCUCACGGACAGCUUAUCAGAGUACGGCGGCGGAGCACGAGUUAUCUGGGCCAUGUCAGCAGGGGACAGAGAGGCGGACGCGCAGGCCAAGAAGGGUGAGGAUGGAUCCGCGACCGACAGGGACAGCCGGGCUGCAGCCGCCCUCAAGCAAAAUUGGUGUGUAGGGCUGAGGGUCAUUGAACUGAUCUUGUCUGUAAUCGCCAUUGGACUUAUAGUCGGUGCGCUGAUUGCACCGCAAGUUGUUCAAUCUGAUUAUCGCCACAUUGCCCUCAUCUUUUCCGCUUAUUCAAGUUUCAUCAUCAUCACCGGUAUUUUAGUCAUCGCUCGCCUCUUUGGCGAAACGGCUGGAUGGAGAACAUCGAUGGGCUUCUCGAUCUUUGGAGUCAUCAUGUUCACAGCUGCCGCUGGGAUCAUUUUCUAUGAUUGGCACAGAUCCUACUACGCUAAUGUCCGGCCAAACAAAGAGGUCUACAACCUUCUUAUUUCAUCCGGAGUUUUUGCUGUUAUCAACGCCGCAGUAUUCUUGGUGCACACCUUCCUCACUUUCAGAAAGGAGGCCGAAUAUUAAUUAUUGCUGUCUAGUGUUUAUUGUUUAAGAAUAAUCAAGUAGUUUUUAAGUUAUAUGAUAUAUUGAUAAACAUUUAUCAUUUUUAUUUACUCCCAAAGUAUUAUCAUAAGUGUAAUUAUAUUUAAUAAUUAAUUCAAUGUAUAUAGUGUAAGAGUUGUCCUUGAGAGAAGCUCUUUGAUUUUUUAAAUAACGAUAAAAUAUAUUAUUAAAAAGUUGUCCAACAAUGCAGCUAAUUCAUGAAUUAAAAAAAAUUUUUUUUUGGCCGAGAUAGUGCAAGGUAAAAUAAAUAAAUAUUAUACUUGCUUUCUAAUACUAACAACAUAGUUAGUUCAUAUUGUAUAGUUUAAGCGUUUCAAUGUUGGUAUAAGUUUUAUUAAAUUUAGUUUUCUUUAUUAUUAUUUAAUGUUGUAUAGUUUUGUAUUUAUUAAUCGAUUUCGUCGUAUACUAAAACAUUCCGUUUUAAUUUUAUAACAACGAAAAAACCACCGCUGUUAUUAUUAAAUUCAAUAAAAAUUAACAUUUAUUUUACUAACAUUUUGUUAACAUUAAGGAAAACCAUAAAGAUUUUCAAUUCGUAUCUUAUUUAUAGCUAAACAACGUAAUAAAAAAAUCAAUACUAAUAGAGAAAUCUAUUAAAUUUAACACAUAGUCACUAUUGCAAUUAUAAAUAGAUAGAAUAGUUCACAAAAAUUACACACAAUUUGGUUUACUUGUUAUUAGUAAAACUGAUCCUGUCAACUCAUUCCGCAGACAAAAUUAACACUAAAGAUAAGUUUAAAAUAAGUACUUUUAUUAUCAACUAUAACUAUAAUAAAAAAUAACGUAUAAUAACAUACAUUUACAUACACAUAACAACAUGAACAAUAUAAUAAAAAUGGGCAUAUAAGCAUAAUUAUUAUAAACACAUACGUAAGCGUUAAUUUUUUUUAGUUUUUAAGAUUAUAUAGGAAGACCAAAGCAGUAAUCAGUAUCCGUCCAGUGGUAGUUAAGUUUUUUUACGUUAAAUUUUUGUUUUAUUUUGUUUCACUCUCAAAAAUUUAUAGGUGUCUGUUUAGAAGUCUUAAUAUUUAACUUUCGUUAUCUUUUACUAACAUUUACAUAUUUUUUUAGUAAUAAUGUACAUUAUAAAAGCUUGAAAGGCUAAUUUUCUCUUUUAAACGUAAUUUAUAAUAUUGAUGCAUAGUAAUAUAAAAUUUUCAGAUUAAAAAACAUAUAAGCACGUAAAGAUGUACUCUACUUUAACACAUUUUGAGUAUAAUUAAGAAAAAUGAUGUUUUUAUUAAUUUUUAUAAUUAUAAUACACAUUACAUGUAAUCCGGCGCUAAUGUUACCUUAUAAAAUGCUUUUGAUAAAAGGUACCCGCGUAACAACAAUAUCUAAAACAUAAUAAAAUUAACAUAUAUUCAUGUUGUGACUCGGUUAUUUGUAUAUAAGAUUAUGUAAUUAUAACUGUAUCGAUGUAAUUUUAUAAAUAAAUAUUAUUGCACGAAA